GUGACAAUUUCCGUUUGUUUCUAAGAUGUCUGCCCACAUAUGUAAACAUGCGAGUAAAUCUGGCAGCUAACGACAUUCUAGUUACACAGUCCCGCGGCAUUUAUUCAUCACACUGACUCGUGUGAUAUAGAAUAGUUUACUAUUACCUUCCGGUGCUGGGUUGUUAACGAACUAGACAUCAGUUUGUGAGUUGUUACCGAGCAAGAGAGGCUAACGUUAUCGUGCUAACGUUAGCAAGGCAGCAGAGAGCCAUGCCAGCUCAGACCAUAUUCGUUGGUUCUUUACCAGACUCAGCUACAAACCAACGCCUUGAAGAAAUAUUCUCUGAAAUUGGACCGGUGAAGCAGUGCUUCGUGGUCAGAGAGAAAGGCGCAGAAAAAUGUCGGGGGUUUGGCUAUGUCACAUACUCAAUGGAGGAGGAUGCACAGCGAGCUUUGAAAGAAAUAAAAGAAUACGAUGGACGGAGGCUUUCACUAUCAGUGGCGAAGAAGAAAAUCAAAGACAGAAAGAAAACAGCACCUAAAGAGUCAGCUGCAGCGCCAAAGGAGAGUGAGCAGAAAUCUAAGGGCUUCAGGAAGAAACAACUAAAAGCAAGACUCAUCAUAAGGAACCUAAGCUUUAAGUGCUCAGAGGAUGAUCUGAAGCAGGAAUUUUCCAAGUUUGGAACAGUUCUUGAGUCCAAAAUUCCCCUGAAACCAGAUGGGAAGAUGCGAGGAUUCGCUUUCGUCAUGCUCAGAAAUGUCUCUGAGGCAGCGAGAGCACUUAACAAUAUGAACCUGAAGGAGAUAAAAGGUCGGCAGGUAGCAGUGGACUGGGCUGUACCUAAGGACAAGUUUAUUGCCACACAGCAAUCCUCAAAUGCAGGAAAUAAGAAGACAGAGGGGGCAGCUGGAAAACCGUCCGACUCAGAAAGUGGCAGUGAAGACGACGAUGAAGAGAAGAAACAAGCAGCACCUGCGAAGAAAAAAGUCAGUUCAAAACCAGCUGUGCGGCAGGUGGACAAAUCCCAGUCAGAUGAUGACGAUGACAGCGAGGAAGACGACAGUGAGGAGGAAGAGGGGGAUGAUGAUGAUGUUUCCCAGGAAGGAGAAGAUGACGAUGAGGAGGAAGAGGAAGAGGAGGAGGAUGAUGAUGAUGAUGAUGAUGAUGAUGAUGAUAAGAGUAGCCUUGAUUCAAAUGAUGAUCAAGAUGAGAGUCUGGAUGAAGAUGAGGAGGAGGAUGACGAUGAGGAGGAUGACGAUGAUGAAGGAGGAAAAGCUCAAAAGAAAACCUCAAAGAAACUUCUCCCUUCAGAUGUGAAAGAGGGCAGAACCAUUUUCAUCAGGAAUCUGUCCUUUGACACAGAUGAAGAGGGUCUUGAGGAAGUUCUCCUACGAUACGGAGAGCUUAACUACAUAAAGAUUGUUCUCCACCCAGACACAGAACAUUCAAAAGGUUGUGCGUUUGCUCAGUUUAAGACUAAAGAGGCUGCAGACAGAUGCUUAGCUGCAUCACAGGACGAAGCAGAGAACGGUGGCAUCCGUGUAGAUGGCAGAAAGCUGCUGAUUGCGGCAGCAGUGAGCAGAGAAGAUGCAGCCAAGCUGAAGGUCAAUAAAGUGAAAGUAGAAACAGGCACUAGGAACCUGUACCUGGCCAGAGAGGGAUUGAUCCGUACUGGAACCAAGGCUGCUGAGGGUGUUCCUGAAGCAGACAUGAUCAAGAGAACCAGAUUUGAAGAAAUAAAAAGGGCCAAGCUUCGGGACAUACAUGUGUUUGUGUCAAAGACGCGUCUGUGUGUCCAUAACCUGCCCAAGUCAGUGGACAAUAAAAAACUCAAAGCACUCUGCCUUCAAGCUGUCAAGGGCAGUAAGGGAGUCCGCAUCACAGAGUGUCGGGUGAUGUAUGACAAGAAGCCAGAGAAGGGUCAGCUGAUGGGACAGUCAUUAGGUUAUGGCUUUGUCCAGUUCCAGGACCACGAGCAUGCUCUCAGCACACUUCGUUACCUAAACAACAACCCUGAUAUUUUUGGGCCACACAAGAGACCUAUUGUUGAGUUCUCCCUAGAGGAUUCAAGGAAACUCAAAAUAAAAGAAUUGCGACAACAAAAAAAUAAGGAGUUUCUCCAAAAUCAUCCUGUCAAAGGAGGAGCAAAACCUCAGUCCCAGGCAGCCGGAGAUGGAAAAGGACCAAAGAAAGGUGGAGAGAAACCUCAGUCCUCAUCAGAGCUGACAGGAAAGGAGAAAGCUCCUCCUCAAAACCAGAAAAAAGACAGACGCUAUUCCGGCUUCCAGACCACCCCUGAGGUCGAGCAUGUAGAUUUGGAGAAUGGAAAGAAAAGAAAGAAGGUUCUGCCUUUUCCUUCACAUCGAGGACCUAAGAUCAGAAUGCGCGAUAAAGGAAAGCAGCAGGGCCCACCACCCAAGAAAGCAAGACCCGGAUCCAACAGGAGAGAGCAUCAAAGACGACAGAUGGAAAAGCCCACACAGCCCAGAAACCAGAAGGUUAAAGCACAAAAGAAGACGUUCAAGAGCAGGGACGGGGACCGUUUUGACAGCCUGGUGGAGCAGUACAAGAGGAAACUGAUGGGUAACAGUGACAAGAACACCGGUAUCAAAAGAAACAAGUGGUUUAAUAGUUAAUGCUGUGUGUGUGUGUGUGUGUGUGUGUGUGAAUGUACUGUGUGAUUGUAUUUGUGUGCGUGUGAGAGAGAAAAUGCGCUGGAAUCUUAAGUCUUUAAGGCUACCACAACAGAGGUCCUCUAUAUUUGACAUCCCGAUGUUUUAGCAUAAACACAGUGGUUAGUUUUGUGUCAAAUUGUACAGUAUGUGAUUCCCUCAUCAUAAGCUGUACUUUCACUCAACUUCACUCAUCGUUUUCCUGCAUUUCUGUAUUCCUUGAUCAUAGUUUGUUUUUUACUUCUAAAACAACAACAACAAACAGUUAUUUGAGGAUAGUUUUUCUUUGUGCACGUUUUUUUUUUUUUUUUUGAAGAAAAUAUACAAAAAUAUUAGAAUUUGUGUUUUAUUGCUAAUCUUUAAAUUUUUGUAUUAAAUCCACAUUUGCUUCAGGAUUCAAA